AUGGCUGACGCGGCAUCAUCGACUCACAAGCGAAAGGCCUCCUCGCCCGAAGGCGAAGCACCCAACGCCUCUUCCUCCUCUUUUGAGAAACACGAUUCCAAGAAGGCGCGAAAGGACCCUUCAGAAAAGCAACACGCCGAAGACUGUGAGGACCCCGACUGCGAGGGCUGUGCCGAGGGCGAGAUUGUCCUCCAGUUCGAUACCAAGCCCAGUGCUGUCGAGCUCUUCCAGAUGGCGCGUGAAGAAGUUUCCAAGGGUGAAGGAGCCGGAGCUGUAGGAUCACUGUCGAGGAUGGCUAAGGCGUUGUUUGACAAGGCGAUUGAAGAGUUUGAGAUUUUGGAGAAGGCUGAGGCACAUAUUGAGGUGAAUGAUGGGACGGAGGUUGGCGGGAAGGUGUUGGAGACGCGGGUUCAGCAUGCAGCUUGUGUUGUUGCGGUGGGGAAUGCUGUGCCAUCGACGGAGAUGUUGCAGGAGGGGACGAGAAUGUUUGAGGAGUUGGUUAGGAGGACGGACGGUGGGGAUGGGAAUGUGUUUGUUGGGCUUGGUAUUGCUCAGAUCUCUCAGGCUCGCGACCAGCGUGGUAAAGCGAUGAAGGCGAUGAUGGUUCUGGCAGAGGAUGAGGAUGAAGAACCUUCAGAGGAGCAGAGAGAUGCUGCUGUGCUUGUUGGAAAUGCCGAGUUGGCGUUGGUCAACCAUGGAUUGGAGUCUUUUGGCAAGGGAUUGAAAAUCCUCAAGGCCAAGCCCGAGUCGGCGUUCGCUCAAGAGUCGAUCAGAGCUGCACAGGAGCUUGAAGAGUAUGGUGUCUCUUUGGACCUCAAAGUCAACCACGAACUGGCGGCAAAGGUGUUUGAUUGCGCGAUCCAGCACUUGGAGGACGUUCAGAAGGCAAACGCGGCUCUGAUCGAUUCCAACUCGGAUGUGUUGAGCAUUUACGGAUCGUGCCUUCACAGCAAGGCCAGAUUGGUUGACAACGAGAGCCAGAGCGAAGACAACCCAGCCUACGCCUAUAUCGAGAAGGCGAUCGAGCUCUUGGUCAAGGCUGAAGAGCUCCAAAACGAGGACGGCGAUGCAAAGACUCUUGAAGCUUUGGGACAGGCAUAUCUGAUGUCGACAGGCUUUAUUGUGGAUGAGGAUACGAUGAUGGAGCGUUUUGAUGCCGCAACAGAGAAGCUUUCGCGUGCUUUGGAAUUGGAUCCUAGCAACGAGGCGCUCCGUGAACAGGUCGAAGCCCUCCAAGGAGAUGAAGAUGGCGAAGAGUUCGCUGACGAGGACGACGACGAGGGCGGCGAUUUUGAGGGUGAAGGGGAAGAAGAUGAUGCGGAGGUGGAUGAAGAAUAG